GAGGCCGAAGAAGAAGAUCUGCCAUAUACGCAGGUGUCCUUCUUCUCGGACAACAGCAUGAAAGACAGCAACCAAAUGAGGAGACGCCUUCCGACCAUCCUUCCCUUCACAUCUUCCGCGCACACCACCGAGUCCUCCGACACACCGGCAGCCGCCAAAGCCGCCCGUUGGGAGAUGGCCUGUACCUGGGGCAAGUUCUUGCUGGUUUGGAUUUGCAUGAUCCUCAUCGUGGCGCUCCGCGGUGGGGCUAAUGGAAGCUCCAUCAUCAACAUCAAGAGCUGCUCUUGGGAAUACUGGACCUCCGUGAACCACGACUGCCGACACCCUGAACAGCUGCGCGCACGAUUCGGCUUACUGAGCGGCUUGAUGCCCGGCACUGCAGGGAUCCUUAGGGUUUAG